AUGUCGACCGAUAGGGAGAAGGAGCGGGAGGCGGAGCUGGAGGGCGCCAUGUAUACCAACUGCCUCCUCCUCGGCCUCGAUCCAGUCGUCCUCGGCUCCCCCGCCGGCGCGGCCUCUCCUCGCGUCGGCCUCUUCCGGCACUCCAACCCUCGCCUCGGCGAACAGCUCCUCUACUUCCUCCUAUCCUCACUCCGCGGCCCCGCGCAGUCCGCCAAGGCACGCACGCACGCGCUCUCAAAUCCUCCUCAGCCUCUCCGGCUCUUCGCUAUUUUACCCCGUUCGCUGGACUUCGACAAAGUGUGGCCGAUCUUUGAUUCCGCGCAGUCCAGGGAGUUCCGCAAGAUCGUACAAUGUAUCAUCAGCGAGCUGGAGCAGCAGGGAGCGCUGCCACGGAGCAACUCCAGGGUUUCGUCUCUCGCCACCUGCUGCGGGCCUAGGUCAGUACACAUGGAUGCCUGUAGUUUGGUCGAAUUUGAGUAUGAUUCCUCUCCAGCAAGGAUUGCUCUUGAGAGGCGUAAAUUUCUUAAAAAUGCAAACAUUGCUGUUCAAAGGCAGACAACCUGGUCAAAUUUAGCCCAUGAAAUGACAGCUGAAUUCCGAAGUCUAUGUGCUGAAGAGGCAUAUCUGCAACAGGAGUUAGAGAAGCUACAAGAUAUGAGGAACAAAGCCAAGCUAGAGGGGGAACUGUGGGACGAACGUAUCUCAAGCUCAUCUGGACAGAAUUCACAUUUGGUAUCUAAGGCAACACGUUUGUGGGAAUCGAUAUUGGCUCGCAAAGGUCAGCAUGAGGUUUUAGCUUCCGGGCCAAUUGAAGAUCUUAUAGCACACCGUGAGCAUAGGUACCGUAUAUCUGGAUCACAAUUGCUAGCAGCAAUGGAUACAAGUUCAAGCAUCCCGCAUUCUGAAUUACUAUCAGCUCGAGCUGGUGAAACGUCUCAAAUUUUGGAUAAACAGGAGCAGAUAUCUUUAUUCCAGGGAAAGGAAGAAGCUCUUCCAAUAUUAGAUGAUAGGAAUGGGCGUGUCCAACAAACUGUUGACGUAGCUGAAAUUCUUCGACGUUGGACUCAUGCUUUGCAGCGUAUUCAUAAACAAUCUCUUCAUUUGGCCAAAGCAAAUGAUGGGGAGGGGCCAGAAUUACUCCGCAGUGCGUCUGACAGCGAAACUAGUAGCCAUGCCGACUCAUUAACUGCAACAUUGGCCGAACAUCGCCAGCAUUUAGUCAGUAUACAGGGCCUAAUUAAUCAACUCAAGGAAGCUAUUCCAGCAAUGCAGCAGUCAAUAACAAAACUUUCUGAAGAAGUUAAUAGUGUACCUAGUAAUCUGAUGGAUCAAACAAACUCCAGACAGUUGUCUGUCCAAAAUACAGUGCUUGGAAGACCAGAAGACGCCGUCGUCGUGCCAGUUCCAGCGAGCUUUGCGGCAGCGGUGGCUCUACGCCGGAAGACGCGCUGCAGGGGCCUGUGGAUGCGUCACAUGCACCAAAUGGGAGCGGCUAAAGCUACGAGCUCACCUGUGUCAGUCCGGGGUCACAAGGCUACCGGAGAUGGCACCAUGAUCGCCGCCGGCGACGUUUGGAAUGAGAAACUGGAGCAGGCGCUAGAGAGACAGCUGGAGGGAGAGGGAGGAGAAAGCAGCGGCGAAGUUUCAGAGGUGACUUCUAAGCUCUGUUCAGCACAGAUCGGCAAGGCUGGGAGUAGUCCUGCUCUAAAGCUACCUCCUCUAUUUAGUCUGACUCCAAGUUCUUCUGGAAAAGGAGCACAGACACAAAGACGGAAUGGCUUAGCACACCAACCUAGGCAAGAAAUUAUGCCUGAAGAGAAAGCACUUACCCACCCCUCAGCCAAAGAUCAAGCAAAUGGUUCGAUGCAUGAAAAUGAUGGUUAUUUUGCUCAUGACAUCAGACGUUCUGUUCGUGAAGCUGCUCUAUCAAAGCCAUUGAGCAACAUGGAGAGUCCACAGGACAAGAGUAGUGAUGAUGGUUCAGAGCACUUCUUCAUUCCCCUAUCAACAGGUGCUGCAAGGAAGGAUGUGGGUGCUGUGGCAAACCGAAGAAAACAAAAGAUAGGUCCAUCGUCGUCACAGUCGAAGUUACCCAAGAGCACAAGCGAUCUUUACUUCAAUCCUGACAGCCCAAUGCAUACAACCCCAGCUGUGUCAAGUAAACUGAAUGGCCAUGACGAUCCAAGCAGUGCUGCAAACUUUUUUUAUCCAGUCAGUGGUCAGUCGUUUAUGACAGAUGAUGCUCUUGAUCAAGUAUUCUCCCCGCCACUUCUGCUGGAGUCUUCCUUGUUCCCCGACGCGUACGAGGACUUGCUUGAAAAGGAUAAGUUACGCAACUAUUGUGUUUUCUACUUGCUUGAGUUUGUAUACUACAAAUCCAAGUGCAGUGUUAACUUGCUUGAGUUCGUAUACUACUGA